AUUAAUAUUACAAUAUAUUAAACUUCUAUACAUGAUAUUAAUUUCAUCUUCUUACAUUGUUUGAAAAGAAUGGAUCAUUUGAUAAUAAUAUUAUGUAUGUAAUUAAUAUGUCUCAAUUUAUUUUGGAUGAAAUUUAAAAACUAAAGGAUGUAUGUGAGUAGGCAAUCAACAACAGCUCACUUUAUCUAUAUAAUUAUAACAUUGUCUAUCAGAGGAUUAUCAUGCAAUAAAUCAAAGUCACUGGAUAUUGACACCGAAGAGACAAGUUUAAAUGCAUCUGUGCCUGUUAAUAUAACUGUUACAGGUUCUGUUAAUGCUGGAUCGUCUUUGAAUACCUUAAAGGAAAUGAAUGAUGUAACAAGUAAGCACGAUAGCGUAACACGUGAUGUAAGACACGAGGACAAAUUGCGGACGCUUAUAGGUAUCGGGCAGAAUGUUUCGGAUUCAUCUGUGCCGGAAGGUGAAAUUGUUAAAGACAUAUGGACGGAUGUAUCGAUUUUGAAACUGGAAACUCUUCUAUCGAUUUGUGACAAAGGCUUGUGGAUACCUAUAGCAAUUAAUGAAACCUCAUUGCAAUUACAAGCGUGUUUGAAAUUUGUUCUUCUAAACAAAGGGCUUACAAAACAGAAUUUCGGGUAUGUUGUGAAUUCAUCUCUACUAUCAGGUAUAGACCAUACAGAAAAGUUUGUCUCUGAAAAAUAUAUACAACUGGAAAUUUAUUUUUCGGUUAAUCAAAGUUACCAAUUCUGGACUUUAGAAUUACAAGUUAUGAAGGGUGAUGCGAACACUUAUUACUGGACUGCUUUGGUGCUGUCGGGAAACAUUGGUUAUUCGUAUUUCAGAGAGAAGAAUUAUAAACUUAAAAAGUAUCAAACCGAUUUAUACAGUUCAUAUUCAUGCGAGUUUGAAGAUACCAUAUUCCUUGAAAGAGAUGUUGCAGUUGUUAUAAAGAAUUUAAAGUACAGGGCAUUCAGAAAUGAGAACAACAUAUUUGAAGAUGAAGAUAUUAUACAUUGUCCUUCAGCAUUUUGGAUUUCCACUUCCGUCGAAAUAUUCAUUUGCAUAUUGAUACUUGUUACCAUAGUAACAAUUAUACGGAGCUGCUGUAAACAGAAGGGGAAAAGUGGAUACAGAAAGUUUGAACAUCGCUUUGAACCAUAGUCAUGCACAAUCGAGAUAUUACAUUGACAGAUCGCAAAAAUUGAUUUUGUCGUUUAAUAAACUCAUUAUUUUGAGCUAAGCUGCUGAUAAAGUUUAACUCUGGUGCGCAGCUCAAGUCAUCAACAUCCAAAUAACAAUGGUUUUGGUCAAGAUAAAACCAGUUUCAAAUAUAUUCUUUCGAUCUGAACACGAUACCAAGAAAACUUAUUAACAUCACUGACGACACCCACAAAAAAAAAACAAAACCCGCUUACUUUGCAAUUUACAAUUACAAGCAAACAGUCUGUUUACAUAUUGAUGUCAUAAUUUCAUCCUUCUUUUUUUUAAUGGGAAUCAAAAUUGGGUUAGGUUGAAUCCUAUAAUGAAUAUAUUUUGAAUAAUACUGAAAUAGAUUACUACCUAUAAUUGAA